AUGAUCGGUGUAUCGCAGGAUGCAGUUGCAAUUUUCUAUGUUAAUGUCGAUGGAAGUGAUGUAAAUUUCGAUGGGACUGAGAUGUUCUUGUUUCAGAUACUCCAAUUUUACGAGCCCGAGAAGGUCAUGGGGAACAGAGGUCAAGCCUCUGCUUGCCCGCCGCGAGCCCUCGUCGCACAGGGCUCGCUGCACACCAUCACCUUCGACGACGUCCAACAACACCUGUCUGAGUUGGGGAAGCCGCUGAAUUCCAUGAACUUGGAUGAACUGUUGAAUUCGGUCAUGGCAGUGGAGCAGCAGAUCCAAGCUCCGUCUUCUUCUUCCUCUUCCUCUUCGUCAUCGUCGUCGUCGUCGUCGUCGUGCACCACCAACGCUUCCUCGGUCCCUCCGGGAAACUACGACCUGAAUUGCCCGCUCAGCCACAAGACCGUCGACGAGGUGUGGCGCGAGAUCAUGCGGCACGAAGAGCAAGGGAACACGGAGGGCGCCGAGACGUUCGGGGAGACGACGCUGGAGGAUUUCCUGGUCCGGGCCGGCGCCAUCAACGUCGGCGCUCCCAACUGCGGUGGUGGGAUCGACGGGGACUCCCCGCCUCUGCUGCCGAUGGACCCGGUGGUGCAGCAGCAGCAGGAGGAGUGGCUCCGGUACCAGUUGACCACCGCUCAACACCAGCAGCAGAGCCAACCCAUGUCGCUGUUGGAGACAGGCCUGCCGUUGUUCGCCAACGCGGUCAUGAAUGCAGGGCUGUGCGACCACCAGCUCGUCGUCAAGCCUGCCUCAUCGGACUCCAAAAUGACCAGCGAGCGGCAGAGAAGCGACGAGAAGACGCUCGAUAAGAUCACGGAGAGGAGGCAGAAGAGGAUGAUAAAGAAUCGAGAGUCGGCAGCUCGAUCGCGUGCACGAAAGCAGGCUUAUAUAAAGCAAUUGGAAGAGGAGGUGAUGCAAUUGACCAACACCAACAAGCGGCUCAAGAAACAGAAGGAAGAAGAGAUGGCGUUGCGGGUCACUCCGCCAUCAGAGCCGAGAUACCAAUUACGGCGUACGAGCUCUGCAAAAUUUUGAGCUCCAACAUGCUCCAGUUUUGACAAGAUUCUUACUUCUUUGAACACCAUGAUAUAUUUAGUUAAUCCAACACAUAAACAUUUGGCUUCUUAUAUCGAUCU